AUGGGGCGAAAGGAAAAACCCAUCAAAAUCGAUGUGGAUGAAUGGGAGCUGGAGAUUUCUUUUGACGAUGAGACCUUGGACCCGUUUGAUCUCGGCCUGUUCGGGCGCCGGCUUCUAAGACGAUUCAACCACGAAGGAUCUGCCAAAGACCUCAACAAGUCAAUCAGGCUGACUAGACACGCUCUCGCGAUUGCACCAGACCACCGUGAUCAGCAGACUUGGCUAGACUGCCUGUCGAAUGCGCUUGGAAGGCGGUAUCAAUGGCAGGGGGAUCCGCAAGAUGUCAUGGACGCGGUCGAAUCGGCGCGGCAAGCACUCCGUGUGAGUUUGGAGCGAGACGACGACGAUGGUCGGACAACUGCCAUGAUCAGCCUUGGAAGAUGGUUGGUCGGGCGUUUUGAACAGACAGAGGACAUGGAAGACUUGGCAGAAGCCAUUCAGGUGAACCGGGAAGCCUUUGAAAUGGCUCAAGGACACCCAAUCCCUCUGGCAAGUUUGGGGACACUGCUCCACAGCCGAUUCGAGCAAACACGGGAGAGGCAAGACCUUGAGGAGGGUAUCAGGCUCACUCAGCAAGCCAUCGACCUGACCACCGAUGACCGAUGGGACAAGGCGUGGUUCCCAAAUAAUCUAGGAAACAUGCUCUAUACCAGAUACGAACAGACAGGAGAGGAUUCAGCCCUUGAGGAAGCAAUAAGCUGGAAUCAAGAGGCGUUUGAUGCUAUCCCCGACGCACAUAAGUAUGAUCGGACGGGGGAUGCCAUGUUCCUUGACAUGGCGAUCGAAGACUGUCGAGACGCCGUCAAGUUGACUCCGCAAAAGCACUUUCAGCGGGCACGCCAUCUGAGGACGCUGGGAAUCAUGCUCGAGGGCCAGUAUAAACGAACAAGACAGGCUCGAGACUUGGAAGAGGCAAUCAAACUCCUUUGGCAAGCCGUUGAGUUGGCACCUCGCAGUGGGUACAGCCAGACACGUUUUUUGGGCGACCUUGGGAACAUGCUUCAACGCCGAUACGAACGAACUGGGAAUUCUGAAGGGCUUGAGGACGUGAUUCAACGCCUGCAGAAAGCAGUUGAGCAGAGCCCGCCCGACCACAUCGAGCGGGCAAGCUGGUUGGACAACCUGGCAGGUCAGCAUGCAAACCGUUAUAGACGGUCCAACGACAUGCAAGAUCUCGAGGCAGCAAUCCGGCUCGGCCGGGAUGUCGUUGAGCUGACUCCGGAUAAGCAUCUUCAGCGGGCAGAACGACUUCAAAGGCUUGGAGAGAAUCUUGAGACUCGAUACAAGCGGCAAGGGGCACCUGGAGAUCUUACGGAGGCGCUCCAACUGGCCCUUGACGCUCUGGAACUGACUUUGGACGACCAUCCCGGCCGGGCAGGUGUGCUGAUCAGCCUGGGCAACAAGUUGCGAUGCCAGUAUGAGAAGACGGGCUAUACGAAUCACCUAGACGAAGCCCUCGGCUGUUUUGAAAGCUCAAUCAAGUGCACGCAGUCAUCUCCUCUGGAUCGCAUAGAAGGAGCCCGAAAAGCCAUCCGCAUCCUGCAGAGCCGCGAGGAGUGGGAGAGAGCCACAGAGCUGGCUGUAGAUGCGCUUGGACUCUUACCCGAAGUGUGCAGCCGCUUCGUGGGGCUUGAAGAUCAACAAUAUGCCGUGGUGCAGACAUCGGGGCUUGCUGCCGAGGCCUGCUCCCUCUUGCUCAAGAGAGGACAGGUAGAGGACGCCCUUCGAGAGCUGGAGUUUGGGCGAGGCCUGAUUCUGCGAUAUAUGUUUGACAGACGCAGUGAUGUGUCCGAGUUGAAAGCCCAGAAUCCAGCGCUGGCUGACGAGUACGAGAAGUACCGUCGUGAGGCGAAUCUCCCGAUCAACGAGACGAAUCCUGCGGUUCGACAGAAGAUGCUUGAAGAGCGCAGGCAGGCAAUCGAGGAUCUGGAUUGGUGCAUCGAGAGAGUGCGCAGUCAGACAAGUCUGAAGGGAUUCCUCGAUAAACCCAGCAUUGAGGAGUUGACGGCCUGCGCCGACGAAGGUCCAGUCGUCGUGGUAAACGUCACGGACAUUGCGGCUGAUGCUAUCAUCAUCCUCUCGGAGGGUAUCGAGCUGUCCAAACGGGCCGUGAAGAGGCUGCAGAAAGGGAAGCGUAUAAAGACGAGGAAACGGAGCAUCAGGCAUCUCCGGCUGCCCAAAAUAUCCAUCACUGAGCCUGCCCAGACGACGUUGUACAGACUCGAUGCCGGCAACAUGGCCAAUUAUCGAGACGUAGCGAGCGCGACUCGAAGACGGGACCAGGCCGCUUUUCUAUCGCGGCUGUGGUCAAACUGCGUCAAGUUGGUCUUGGACGAAAUAGAUUCAAGCCUUCAACGGACAUCAGGCGAGAUGUAUCGCGUCUGGUGGAUUGGAACAGGUGCAGCCAGUGCAUAUCCCUUCCAUGCGGCCGGCAUCUAUACGCAGCAGGACUCUACUGUGGAAAACACGCUGGACCGCAUCAUCCCGUCAUACACGCCAACAAUAAAUGCCCUCGAGCAUUCCAGAAGAGUAGUUUCGAAGAGCAUUCAAGACAUGGCUCUGAGCCAAGCCUCGAUCCUCAUUGUCACGAUGCCGGAAACACCAGGCGAGAGCCGGCUAGACGGCGUGGAACGCGAGAGGCUCGCCGUUGAGACGGCCUGGAAAGCUGCCAAGCCCUGCCACUCGUUGAACAGUCCCACGGUAGAGCAGGUCAUGAGCCGUCUAGGGCGAUCAGACAUUGUCCACUUCGCCUGCCACGGGGUCUCGCAUCCCUCCAACCCGGCCGAGAGCCACCUCCUGCUCCAAAGGAGACACGGGUCUGCAACUGUCGUGGAUCGGCUUACGGUGGCAAAGAUCACAAAGGCCAAAUCACGCGGGCUUGCCAUGAUUGCAUAUCUCUCUGCCUGCUCCACUGCGGCCGUUCAGGCAGACGGUCUUUCCGAUGAAGGCAUUCACAUUGCCAGUGCUUUCCAGGUCGCAGGCUUUGGACACGUCAUUGGCUCCCUUUGGUCAGCCGAAGACGGCACCUGUGUCGACGUUGCUAGGCUGUUCUAUGAGCAUCUGAUCCAAAACGGAGCAUCCCAACUUUCGAACCGGGCUGUAGCAGAAGCUUUGCGCAGUGCCCUUUUGCAACUUCGGGCCGACUUUGGGCAUGACAGCUCGUGGGCGGCAUACAUUCACUCCGGUGCUUGA